CUUUUGUCACCUCAAAUUACUACACCGCCAUCGGCCGGUGAAGGGCAAAAACCACAUAUAAGUGCAUCUCGAGCUGCUGUUACGAGAUCGCUCUCAGUGCCCGGAAGGAAUAUUCUAAUUCUACGAUCUUUAUCGUUUGCCUCACGCGAACAUGCUCCAGAUACCGAUGGGGAUCAAAUAACUCCUGCUCCAGAACACGUGGACGAAGAGAUUGCCGAAGAGGAAGCUAUAUGCAGGAUAUGUAUGGACACUUGUGAAGAAAGAAAUACACUAAAAAUGGAGUGCCUUUGUAAAGGGGCUCUACGAUUAGUACACGAAGAAUGUGCGAUUAAAUGGUUUAGUAUUAGAGGUAACCGAGAAUGCGAGGUUUGUGGUAAAGAAGUUUCGAAUUUGUCCGUCACUCUACUUCGUGUCGCAACUCAAAGAAACAAUAAUGACCUCAUCGAAGAAAAUCCGUUGAACGUGUGGCAAGAUUUUGUGGUGCUCGUACUCAUAAGCACAAUUUGCUAUUUCUUCUUUCUCGAGCAGCUACUGAUCGUAGAGAUGAAAAAUCAAGCACUUAUACUCGCUGCACCGUUCUCUUUCUUAUUUGGUCUUACAUCAUCGAUUUUUGCGGUCCUUUUAGCAAAACCAGAGUAUAUCUGGACUUUUUCAGCUCUCGAGUUUGCUCUUGUGGCCCUGAUUCUUCAUAUUUCCUAUGCCUUGCUUCACUUGCCGCCAAUCUAUUCGAUCUUGAUUUCGUCUUUCUUAGGGCUUGGAUUGGCAAUUCUUGUCAACACAUUGUAUAUGGGAUUAUUUUCGUGGCGCAUAAGAGCUGCUCAAACCGCCAAUCCAGUAUGAUUUAAUUGGAAGAGAGGGAUUAAAAUUUACCGAUUAUUUAUUGGUGAAGAUUAUCGAAAUCCGGCUCAUAGAAAAGGGCUACUACUCCAGCGAAAAGGGUAAUUGGAAGUUUCGAAGAUCUAUUACAGUGGUCCCCUCAGCCGGUCCGUAGUAGUGAAAUGUCGGUUUGAUUUCUUCGUAUCGGUGCUACAUUGUACGAGGAGACUCGUAAGGUGUAAGAGAAUUAAUUAGUAAGGCAAAUAGUAGAGCAGGUUUUUUA